AUGUUGGUGUGGUCGCUGAUGGUGAUGGUGGCGGCGGCAGCCAUGAUGAGACCUUGGCCGCUGGCCAGAGCUCAGACUCUGUGCCGCACCCGCACAGUGAGGACAGGAAAAGUGUUUAAUGUUUCCAAGCAAGCCCAAAGGGAAUUUCUGCGUUUCUCUUCUACGACUGUCUUGCUUAGACAUCCUUGUGAGAGAAAUAUAGCUGUGUAUCUAGGGCAACAGAUUUUUUUCACCAGAGAUAACUUUGAGAGUAGCCUCCUCCCAUUCACCAUGCCUGAGUGGACAAUGAUAACUGCACCAGAAGUCACCUCGGCGCACUUUUCAGGAGGAGCCUUGCUACUGGUGGUGAAUGGAAAGGUCUUUGGGUACAACUAUAGAGAUAACCUCUGGUUUCAAUCUCAAGGUGUAAACCACCCUGUUUCACAUGUCAGUGGUGAUAAUUGCUGCUUUGCUAAAAAUGCCUUGUGUGUGGAAAUAAGCAACGACAUCUUUGCCUACAUGCAAGGAGAUGAGCUAGCUCAGGCUCACAUCUAUUUCUCCAAUAACGGCGGCUACAGCUUUGACUUGUUCGUCUUUGAAAGCCAGGCUGCAAACCCUGGGAUGUUAGGGGGAAUCUUUCACUUUCACCCCUUGUCACAGAUCGGCAUUCUUAUUGUUGACAAAGGAAUGGCCAUGUUCCAAUACACGGACUACCCACUCAACCUCAGCCUGGGCAUGGCCUUCCCAUACAAAGAUACCAUGAAUGUCGUCCUCACCCCGGGCCAGAAGGGCUUUAUCAUCCUCUGGAGCCAGAACAACCUGUUUGUGUCUCCCAACUCAGGUCAGCUUGUGAACACUGUCCAGUUACAGCAAGAAGGGAAGAUCCAGUUUCCUUCCAUCUUCGAUACCAACAUCACCAUCCACAACAUCGCUGCCAAUGAAAAUGAACUGGCAGUGUUAACACGGGAGAGUAAUUUGUUCUAUGGGAAUCUGGGAUUCCUGUCUACUCCCGCAGUCAAACUCGUAGACCAGUCCCUGUGGUCUCCGGAGGCAGCCUUGACAUUCCAUAGUUCAGGGAUGCUGGAAAUCCUGACCCCAGUUGUGGACACAGCAUUCGCGGCUUUCGAUUUCCAGAAGUGCUCUAUGAACAUGCAGGCCAUUCUCAUGGACCCCAGCCUCCACAUUGAGAAGUGCAAGAUAGAGCUGCUGGAGGGCCAGUUUGAUGAAGACCUUUACACCAUCGAUAUGAAAAGCAGCCUGCUCCUGUCAGCCUUCUUCAUUCCGCGGCCUGGCACGUCCCCCAUUCCACUAGUGAUGGUAAGCAACCCCCACUCUCUGGGGCUGCAUGCAACCAUGAGUGAGUUCGGGAGCACUCUGGAUGGGAACACCCAGUACAGGCUGGACAUUAAACUGGAGCAGCAGCAGCACUCGGGCAGGACAGACCCCAAGUUUACCUCCAGCAUCAAGCGGCCCACCCUGUCUACCUUAACAGUGGAUGUGGCCAACAAGGACAUUUCCUGCGUGGACAUGAAGCCACUGUCGACACUCAUCUCUGUGGGCUGUGACCUGAGGAAGAAGAUCAUGGUGCAGAAGUGGCAGGGUGACGAGCUGCAGGAGGAGGUGACGGCGGAGUACGUGCUCCUCGAGGUGAACGGGCUCUUCACCUACUCCUACUCGCUGACGGCAGGCUCCGCCCUGUGCCACACGCAGCCGCAGAACUGGACCACCAUCAAGCAGGACUCCACCACCUGGAACCGAGAGAACUACGUCAGCUGCUGGGAGCCCAGCGAAAACCCACCUCUGCUGUGGCCUGAUGUGCCCUAUCAGGUCCUGGGUGGCCCCACCAGCAACGAGAUCAUUUUCGACCAACGGAACGGCAUCUACAUCUUCUACCUGUCCAUUGUGGACCCCCACUACAGCUACUGCCACCUGUACACCACGUUCAGCAUCUAUGUGUACGGGGCCUACCCGCUGCCCGUGGUGCCGCCCGAGAUCACCAUCUUCCUGCUGGUGAUCGGCAUGCUGCUGUGCCUGUGGCUGGCCUACAUCAUCCCCAAGCUGCUGAACACACAGUGCGGCCUCUCCAUCAAAAACUUCUGGAGGUGGCUGGGCACCAAGGUCUGGGCGUUCUGCACCUGCUCCUUGUUGAGGAGUUUACUGAGGAGGAUGUGGGCGCGCAUGACGCAGGCAGACAGGCCUCCUGAAGCCAGCCCGAGCCCCGCAACGCCUGACCAGGACCCUGUCUCAAAAUAA